AUGGCGACCCCAAGAGAAGUUGCCGUUGCCAUUCCUGUGGUGCACACGCCGUCUCUUUCCAACGCGGCUGUCAGCUCGGGGGACUUGCGCGUCUACCUCGUCUCGUCACGCAAGCAUGAGGGUCGAUUCGUACUGCCCAAGGGCGGCGUAGAGCACGGCGAGUCGACACGUCAAGCUGCGGUUCGCGAGCUGUGGGAAGAGGCAGGUCUCAUCGCGGAUCCAUCUCCAUCCAACACCGUCUCUCGCUGUACACCGGAACAGCUCAUCGUCGACGACCACAAACCACACAAGCACAGCCCAGUCAAGCAUGCGCACGAGCCAGGAUUCGUCGCCCGCGCUCGCUAUUCCGCCCACGAACUGGUCCUCACCAAGCAACCCGCCGAGCAAUGGCCAGAAGCUCACGAACGAAGCAGGAAAUCUUUCACACUCCAAGAGGCGGCACGCGAACUCGAAUGGCGCAAAGAUGUACACUCCAUCUUCAAGACUUGGCUCGCCGGAAUCCCUUCCGCACCUUAG